AAGUUUGAGCCUAAAGUUUAGUAAAAUAUAUACCAAAGAUAAUAGAUCUUUGUGAAGGAUAUAAGAAAAUAGGUGGUUUGACAUUUGUGUAAAUCGCAAAAAUCAAUUUUGUAAAGUUUAAAGUGCACAUUUUAUUUGAUUUUUAUAUAAACAGAUACUUGAAAUCUAUAAUUUGCAAAUUACCCUAGCUAGAAAUUCAAUUUCAAUUUCAAAUUGAACAGUUGAUAUUAUUCUAAACCACAAAUAUUCAAGAAAAUGUGAAUCUUUUUAAAAAAGUUUAAAACUAUAGAGUUUGGAGUAAAGAAAAUUAGUUAUUUCAAAUUCUGAAAGAUCUCACUCAAGAUGAAGAGCAGCAAUGGAUGACUCUGUACUCCAUGAUUUUACACAGCCAGAUCAGCUGAGUGACCUAACCCUGAUUGUCGAGGGUACUAACUUGUUUGUACAUAAAUCUUACCUAGCCGAGUGGUCAGGAGUAUGGAGGAGGAUGUUUCUAGAGGAUUAUGGGAACCCUGAGGAAGCCAAGGAAAUAUUUCUGGCUGACAAGAAACUGAAUGAGAUUACAGAACUACUGCAUUGUAUCUACGCAACCCAGAAACCAAUAUCUGAGGAAAAUGUGAGUUAUUUAUUAGAACUAUCAGAAGAAUAUGAGAUAGAAAGAAUAAAGAAGAGAUGUGAAGAAUUUCUAUUGAAUCAGGAGAGAUCGAUUCAGUCUCUCUAUCUAGCUCAGAAACAUGGAUUAAAAAAUUUAUUCAAAGUCUGCUUUGAGUUUGCAAAGACACGGACAGUUGAAGAGCUUGAAAGUUCACCCGAAUACAAACUUCUUGACAAAGAUGUGGUUAUCAAAAUAUAUAGUGAGAAAGUAAACAUAAUGAGGAAUUAUGCUAAUGAUUUGAGACAAAGUGAAAGUAGACUUGAGAUCACAUGUGAUAAACUGAAAGUAGAAAAAGAAAAUAUGAAGAGAAGUUUACAAUUAGUUCAGGACAUUUGGACUACUCCUAACAAGAGGUGCUAUAAACAUAUAACGCAGGAGACAUUUGAUUUCUCCUGCAGUGAUUGCAAUGAUAAAGUUCGCUGGGAGAUACGGAGGUUAUGUGUAGAGGGACAACAUGUACGAGUGUACUUCCCUUCACAAAGUAAACACAAAAAGUGAU